UUACGUAGCGGUGGCAAAACAAGCAAACUGUUUAUAUUAAGUCCUCUUAAAGGAGUUACUAGUGAGUUAGUCUCACUGCAUGCUACACAGGCUAGUACUAGCGUUAAGUAGGUUAACUGAGUGUUAACUCAACUCAAGUGUUAUUUGAGGCUUAGGUGUAACCUUACGAGCCUGGAUAAGUAUUACGACAUCAACCGGAGCUUCCUGAACUGAAGUCAAGCUAAUAGGUAACCUGAACCUACAGCCGCAGAGGACGGCGAAGGGGAAUUAUAGAGUUCAGGAACAGGUUAGCCAACAGCCUGGCGUAGUUAGCUUUUUAAUAAGAUAAUUCGUGUUAACUUUUGGUACAGCUUUACGGACUUCCACUAUGUCUCUGGCCGACCAGAGCCAGCAGUGGUACCCUACGAGUGUCCAGGUUACUGUGCAUCAGGCUCGGAACCUGCGCUCCAAGGGCAAGAAUGGCACCAACGACGCCUAUGCCAUCAUUCAGCUGGCCAAAGACAAGUUUUCUACCUCUGUGUCGGAGAAAUGUGUCGCUCCGGUGUGGAAAGAAGAGGCUUCCUUCGACCUGCCGCUCUUCCACCCGGGAAACGGGGACCGCUGCACGCUGUAUGUCAUCGUGAUGCACCGGGCUCAGGUGGGGCUCGACAAGUUCUUGGGUCAAGCUGUGGUGAACUUACUGGAUCUCCAUGACAACAAGUCAGGCAAAAAGACAGAUUGGUUCAAGCUGGUGGACAAGAGCGGGAAAGAGGACAAGGUGCGAGGGGAGGUGCUGCUAGAUAUCCAGUUUUUGAGGAACAACAUGUCAGCUAGCAUGUCCGACCUCUCCAUGCAGGACAAACCGCGCUCCCGCAUCUCCAAGCUUAAGGACAAAGUCCGGGGGAAGAAAAAGGACGGCUUCUCCGACUCUGCUUCGGCUAUCGUUCCCUCUGUCAGCAGCGCCCUCACAGACAGCGAGGGAGAGGCUGACGCUCAGUCCCUCAACCAGUCUCCGGGAGUGAAAAAGAAAUCCAAGCUCAAAACCCUCUUUGCUCCCAAAUCAAACUUGCAGCGAAACCUCUCACAGUCCAUGUCCACACUGGGGACUCUUCCCGAGAAGAAUUCCUCGCUCAGCAGCAGCCGCUCCUCUGGCCUCAAUGUAGACUCUCCUGAAGUUAAAAAGAAAUUCAAAUUCCUGGGACACAAGCGGACAGGAAGCUCUGACAGCAAGUUGUCUCAAGGUCCUUUCUCCCUGCUGGGUCGCUCCAAGCAGAGCAACAGUGACCUGAACAACCUGUGCAUCAACGGCAGCCACGUGUACGCAGAGGAUGCGGAGCCCAAGAGUGGAUCUACUCUCAGUCUGAACAGCUCCAGCCAAGGAUCAGCGGAGGAUGUCCGCAAGCACACCUCAGAUGUCCCUGCAGAUUCCUCUUUCAGCAUACCUGUCCCCUCCUACAAGUAUGAGUCCACAGACAAGGCAAUACUGGAGCAGCAGCGCCAUCAAGAGGAGGAGGAGAGAAGGCAGGCAGAGGUGAGGCGCGUAGCAGAGGCCAAGAGGCUGGAGGAAGAGGAGAAAUACAAGAAAGAAGCCAAGAGGCUGCAGGAGGAAGAGGAGCGCAAACACCGGGAGGAACAGGAGAGGAAGAGACGCUUCCUCGAGGAUGAAGAAAAGCGAAAGAAACAGAAACAGGCGGAGGAGGAAAAAGAGAGGAGAAAGCAAGAGGAAGCGGCCGAACACCAGAAGCUGGAGGAGGAGCGGCGCAAAGCCGAGGAGCAGAAGCGUCAGGAGGAGGCAUCCAUGAGCGACCGGCUGACGUCUCUGUUCGGAAUGAUCCGAAAGAAGGAGGAGAAAAAGGAGGAGGUACCGCAGCAAGCUACAGAGGAGAAACCCAAAACAGCCCCUCGCAGCAACUCAGGAGAUCCCGGUCGACCCAUCUCCCAUCCCAAUAACCCGUUCGAUGACAUUCCCCUCAGCGCAGAUCCUCCAGUUGGCAGUAAAGAAAGCCCAGCUGAUGAUCAGAAAUCUAGCCUCAACCAACAAACCCCCUCUGCCUUGGGCUUCAUCAACCGCACUGCUAAAGUCUCCGCAGUCAAGCCCAGAUUUACUCCAUCUCUGGAGUCUGAACCCGCUGACUGCAGACUCCCCAGUCAGCUGUGUCCUUCCCCAACCCCAUCUGAGUCCGCCCUCUCUAGUGUCUCAUCUGAGUCCCCUGAUAGUUUCUCCUGUCUCCACUCAUCCCUGGCUCCACCCAACAUAAGUCAAAGUCCAGCUGGUUCUCCUUGUGGCAGUGUCGAGGAUCUGCCCUGUGUGGGAUCUUCACCCACCAUGGCGGAUAAGAAGAGAAGAGCCCCUGUGCCGCCCUCGUACAAAGUACACGGGACCCAACCUGUUAGAAAUACUGUCCCUGUCAGAGAGAUCAUGAACCCUGCAUACACAGAGGAAGAUGGGCCGCAGCAAGGCAGAAAAGUAAAGUCCGUACCGCUCCCUGAUUAUGAAACCCUCUUUCCUAAGAAGAGACACGGAGUUCAAGGGCACACUCGAUGGGACCACAUAAUCGCUGAGGUCAGUCAGAAACACAGGGACAGUGAAGAAAUGAGUGUGGAUGGCCCACAGGAGCAUGAACCCAGUCUAAGGUCGUCACCCCCACAGGAGAGUCCCGCUAUUAGGCAUUAUCAAACACACCCUCAAGAGACUAAACCCGUGUCAUCAAAAAAAGUUGCGGCCCCAGCUCCUCCUAAAUCAGUCUCACCUCCACAACCUCGAUCAGAUUCUAGGCAAAGACAGAGCCAGAAUACUGCUCAACAGUCUUUCAUGAGGUCUAAUGUGCCCGCGGUCCCAGAACCUGAUAACGCAGGCAGAGAAAGCCUCUCAGGAAUGUCCAGGGAUGGAGCAAGGAAGGCUAUGCUCCCACCACCUGGACCUAGACCAACUAGCCAAGUGGACUUGGAUACGCCAGAUGAUGAAAAACAAGUAGAACGUACUGUAAAGAAUGAUGCACCCACAGCUAAACCCAGACAGAAGGCUAAUGGCAAUGAAUCCGAACAGGAAGACCAUUCUGUUGUGACACCAGUGGUCUCAGACAAAUAUAUAAACAGUGACAUCCAAACAUUAUCUAGUUCACGUAUUAGCAGUGCGGACAGGAAAGACAUGCAGGAACGGGAGAACUUUGAGUUUGACCCGUUCCCCAGUACUGAGCUUCUUUCCGAAGACCCAUGGGCACAGCUGACUAGGAACCAAGACGAUGAUGACCUCUUUACCGGCAGCGUACAAAAACAGCAAAAAGUUGAAGACUGGGCAAGGUCACAAAACAAUUUUGAAAACUUUGUCAGCCAAGAGAAGCAUACAGAUCCAUUUGAUUUUAACGGCAGUGAUUCAAAAGAGCUCGGUAGGUACAGGGCAAAAGAUGAAGACUCAAAGCAUGUCGGUCCUGCUUUCCAAAGAAGGAAUUCAUCGAGACAAAAACUGAUUAUUCCGUCCACAAUUCGCUCGGAUAAUAACACUUCCAAGUCUCGAAAAGAGCCCGCACACAACGCAGAAACUAGCGUAGCCACAGCUCAUCAAGGCCUCUCUGCAAGUGUUAGGAAGGAGUCUGUCGCACCAAAGCUUUCAGCUGAUGCGAAAACACAAAGCCAAUUUAAUGGAGGAGAAGAUCCAUUUGGAGAUGGGCCUUUUACCCCUACCUUGACCUCCCCAGAACCCCUCCAGGUAGUUAUGGAGGAACCAGCAUCUCAGGCAGGAGGCAAGUUUCCCCCAGACAAACCUUUGCGAGCAUGGGUCUCACCCUCUGAUGUUCAGCCUGUCAGUGCUCAGAAUAGCAAUGGAGGUGGGCUAGCCUUUACUCCACGCAGGCCUCAUCCAGUGAAGCCCAUGAGUUUAGAGAGCCAGGCUCCCAUCAGCACCCCCGCCGUGAAAGAGAUAAAGGUCCGCGAGAGCCCACCGGGCAAGAUUCAGGUGGCACACUCGGUGCAGAGUGGCCCGUACACUCAGCUGACACAGGAAGAGUUGAUCACGCUGGUGGUGCGGCAGCAAGCCGACCUGUCCCGGAAGGAAUCUCAGAUCGUGGAGCUGGAGGAGUACAUCGACAGACUGCUGGUCCGCGUCAUAGAGGAGCAACCCAACAUCCUGCAAUCUCUCAACGCCGCCAAGCCAGUGUAAGGUAACGGCUGCUGGAAGACCAGGGUCUCACCCAAAGACACAGUUCUACGUCAGCUGUGUGCGUUUGUACUGUUGUCACCGGGAGACAUGAUCUCCACCAAGGUCUUAGAGCAUUAUGCACUUUCUUAGUUUCAGAGUCAAAUUUGCUUGAGAAUGCUGGAAAAUUUCUCUCUGGAGUAAAAACAUUUAGUGAACACUUAAUAACAAGCAAGUAAAUCAUCUUUAUAUGGGCAAAUGAAUGUAUUUGUUUUGACAUUAAGGUACUCAAAUUUGCUUUAAAAAAAAAUCUAUUCAACAUUUUGAUUUCUAUACCAUACUUGAUGAAUCUUGGGGUUGAGCUUUAUUUAAUAUACUUAUGAUGCAGAU